ACUAUCGUCCCCUGGAAGACCGCACUUAUUUUACACAUUUUGUCACAGAGCAACUGCUUUUUAAAGUUUCACUUUGGUUUUUAUUUAAUGCCGUUAGAAUAUGCAAUAUAUCCUAGAUAUUGCCAUUACAGCAUGUGGUAACAGUGACACUUCUUAAAUAUAAUCAAUUCAACUUUCACGAACAUGAUAUUAUCUUGCUGAGAGUGAGAACGUUGUUGAAAAUGGUACCUGUAUGAUGUCAACCGGUAUUGACUGAGGGAAUGAGGUCAAGUGUAGCUGUCUUAGUCGGGACACAGACAAGCCAUCUUUGCUUUCAAACGCUGAAGUUGGAAUCUUCCCAGAUCAUUUAUCGAAGAGUUCAGAAGAUGACAACAUUUCUUGAACCCUACGACCCCCCAUCAUGGGUAAAAGAAUUGAAAUUUACACCCAAGUUCCGAGUACAGCUGGCACAACCAAACACCCCUAUUCACAAGUGGAAUAUUCCAGGUGUUCCAGAACGUUUCAGCAUCCACAUCAAGCGGGAUGACAUGACAGGAGGUACUCUUUCUGGGAACAAGGUCCGGAAGCUGGAGUUCCUCCUCGCCGACGCCAUCGAUCAGGGCUGCAAGCAUGUGUGCACUGUGGGAGGGAUUCAGUCCAAUCACUGUCGGGCGGUGGCCGUCGCCGCACGCCAGCUCGGUCUUGUACCACAUUUAAUUCUAUGCAGCUCCGCCAAGUCAGCCUCAGAUAUUGGUUGUGAUGGGAACGUCUUGCUGAACCGGAUGUGUGGGGCAGACAUGUACGUCGUACCCCGGGCUUCGCCGUAUCUUCCUGAACUGAGACCCAGACAGGAGAGACUAGCACAGAUUAUAAAGCAGCAGACUGGAGAGUCGACCUACCUGAUACCAGUCGGGGGGUCCAACAAAGUGGGGUUGUUCGGCUACAUAUCCGCCUUCCAGGAACUCCAGGCACAGGGGGCACUGGAGAAGUUCGAUGACCUUGUGUUCACAUGUGGCAGUGGAGGCACAGCGGCCGGACUGAGUAUCGCUAACUACCUGACAGGUAACUCACUCAGAUGUCAUGGGUUCCUGGUCUGUGACGAUGACGUGUAUUUCUACGAUCACAUCCAGCAGACGCUGGAGGAAGUUGGCCUCCCCCACGUCAACGCCCGAGACAUCGUCGACAUUGUUCCUGGGUACAAAGGGAAGGGCUAUUCCAUCUCCACGGAGGAGGAGCUGGAUUUCAUCACCAAUGUCAGCAUUAAGUCUGGCAUCAUGCUGGACCCCACGUACACGGGGAAGGCGGCCUACGGCAUGGUACAGGAGCUCACUGCCAACCCACAGCGCUUCAGCGGGGACAGGCUCUUGUUUCUUCACACAGGUGGGGUGUUCGGACUGUUCGAUGGCAGGAUGGAUGGUGUCCUGAAGAAAACGGACUCAGAAACAGAGAGCAUCAAGAUGUGGCUGAAUAAAACCAGUGACCCAUCAUGAUAAAACCCACAUGGGCUGCAUCCGGACUACGGCUGGGGCCAGUCCAAAUUUCCUACCCGGGUACCCACCCCCUAUUACCCGACCCUACCCGGGUACCCACCCCCCUAUUACCCGACCCUACCCGGGUACCCACCCCCCUAUUACCCGACCCUACCCG